GGUAUAUCAAAGAGUGUGAAAAUACAGAAUAUUCAGAAUAACCGCUGACACUUAUUUAUGUCCGAAAUAGAAUUCAAAACCACGAAGUAUUACAUGACUGUUAUCAGUGGGGAGACCGUACAUUUCAAGGUGAUGCCAUGGAAUUAAUGUGUGUCUUUCUUUUCUAUGUCGCAGGUUUUGCGAGAACAACAGCCCUUGUGGCGGACGGCGAACUUUCUCAAUUUAUGACCAACCUCUGGAACGAAGACGUAAACCGGGCAAGUUCUCAUGACGUCAGAUAUAACCUUCAAGGUCAUUCUGCAACUGGGAAGUCGGGUGUGGAUUAUGCCCCUGACAGGUUCUUUAGCUAUGUAAAUGAGGGUCACCUAUUUCAUAGACCAACUUAUUCCACGUUUAUUUCUCUUCUGAACAACUACCACUAUAGGACCGGGACAACUGAGUACCAAACAACGGCCGAGGACUCAGAAGUCUCCCUGUUUCUCUCACAGAUUUCUCAAACAAGUGUUAUGAAACUGGCGCAACAGUUCCUACAUUCCAAAGGGUACACUGGGAGUUCGAUGUCAGCCUUUAUGAGUACUCUGAGGAAAAUUUGGUUUGAUUUUUACCCGCGAUCAUCUCAUACGACACAUGAAGAUACAAGUGGAUUUGAACACGUUUUUGUUGGAGAAACUACGAGCUCCAAAGUGGACGGUUUCCACAACUGGAUCCAGUAUUAUCUCGAAGAAAAGCAUGGAAACCUUAACUAUCUUGGCUUUGUCUACACAAAACAUCCGGAAAUUAUAGCUACUCAUUUCCAGUGGCAUCAUCAGAUAAAAUCCCUCAGUUCCUUCAUAGUUGGCUCGAGUCCUGAGUUUGACCUCGCCAUGUAUACCGUCUGCUUCUUUGUACGACGUAACGGUGACUGCAGAUUCACAAUGGCUGGGCACAACAUGGAUGUCAAAACCUAUACCGUGCCAUUCGGACAUUACACGGAUUUAAUAGCCACAGCAUAUAUCAACUGAUGCACAUGUACAAUUUAAUUAGACAUAUUUUAUUAUGACUUUGGUUUAAUUUAGCAAAGUAGCCUUUUUAUGUACUUUAUCAUCUUAACACUGCUCAAGAUAAUUGAUACUGUGCAAUGGCCUUUUGUUUGAGUUUCUCUACAAAUUGUUACAUUAUGCUUCAAGUUCACUACUAAGACUCCAUUUUGAAGGUCAUUGAGGAAUUUGUAUUAAAAAUAUCA